UGUUAGCUUUCCAUACUUUCUAACCUAGACAGCUGCGCGUGUUGUCAUGGAUACCCCGCCCAGUAUUCAAUGUCCCUGAUCAUUUUCCGGAUGUAGUGGUUCUAGAGAGGCCUCUGUGCCCGUCAUGCAGCCCUCGAGCCUUCUGUGACAGGUCAGUUUGGAAUUUAUCCCGUCACAAGAUAUCAAGAUGAGUGAGUUUCGGAUACAUCAUGAUGUUAAUGAGCUCAUCAGCCUGCUGCGUGUACAUGGUGCAGAGGGAGCCGAGAUGUACAUCGAUCUCCUGCAAAAGAACCGCACUCCUUAUGUUACCACCAGUGUCUCUACCCACAGUGCCAAAGUUAAAAUAGCAGAGUUUUCCAAGACACCAGAAGAUUUUCUGAGGAAGUAUGAAGAGUUAAAAUCUAAGAAUACACGUAAUCUGGACCCUCUCGUAUACUUGCUUUCCAAGCUGACUGAAGAUAAGGAGACCCUUCAGUACCUGCAGCAGAAUGCCAAGGAUAGAGCUGAGCUCACCGGCAGUCAUGCAUCCAGCAGCAGUCUCCAUAUACCUCCUAGUACAUCCAAGAUCUCCAUGCAGGAGAUAGAGGAACUGAGAAGGCAGCUGGGCAGUGUGACCACAUCGGCAGCUAGUGGGCCCCAGCCCGUGGAACUUAUGAGGAAACUUCUACGAGACAAGAUAAGCAAAAAGAAUACUGGUCAGCCCAUCCCUGUUUACCCAUCCUGGGUGUAUGAGAGGCCGGCAUUAAUAGGAGACUUUAUAUCCCUCUCUAACCCUGGCACAGACAUCACUGUACCCAUAGGCAGCCUCCCCUUGCCCUCGCAGGAAGCUGUCAUUGUAGAGGACUUGCUUUAUGUUCUUAUUGGAGUAGACGGACGCUACAUCACUGCCCAACCUCUAGUGGGACGCCAGGGACGUUCCUUUUCUGUGGAUCCAAAUCUAGAUAUGUCUGUGAAAGAGCUUGUGAAUAGAAUACUCCCAGUAGCAUCUAGCUAUUCUACCGUCACCAGGUUUAUUGAGGAGAAGUCUUCUUUUGAGUACGGACAAGUAAACCAUGCCCUGGCUGCGGCGAUGAGAACUCUAGUGAAGGAAUAUAUGAUCCUUGUUACUCAGCUGGAGCACCUUCAGCGGCAGGGGCUGCUCUCCCUUCAGAAACUGUGGUUCUACAUCCAGCCCACACUGCGGACCAUGGAAGUUUUGGCCUCUCUUGCCACUUCAUUGGAUAAAGGAGAGUGUCUGGGAGGAGCCACCCUCAGUUUGCUACAUGACCGGACUUUUGGAUACACAGGGGAUAGCCAGGCCCAGGAGCUGUGUCUCUACCUGACUAAGGCAGCCAGUGCUCCAUAUUUUGAAAUCUUGGAGCAAUGGAUUUAUAGGGGAAUUAUCAAUGACCCUUACAGUGAAUUCAUGGUGGAGGAGCAUGAACUGCAAAAAGAGAAGAUACAAGAAGAUUACAAUGACAAAUACUGGGAUCAGCGCUACACCAUCGUCCAGCAGCAGAUCCCAUCUUUUUUGCAGAAGGUAGCAGACAAGAUCCUCAGCACAGGUAAAUAUCUAAAUGUGGUACGAGAAUGUGGCCGUGAUGUCACCUGCCCAGAUGCCAAGGAGAUCAUCUACACCCUAAAAGAACGGGCAUAUGUGGAGCAGAUCGAAAAGGCAUUCAGCUAUGCCAGCAAAGUUCUCCUGGACUUCUUAAUGGAAGAAAAGGAGCUGGUAGGACAUCUCCGGUCCAUAAAGCAUUACUUCCUAAUGGACCAGGGAGAUUUCUUUGUGCAUUUUAUGGACCUUACAGAGGAGGAGCUAAAGAAGAAUGUGGAAGAUAUUAUACCCACCAGAUUAGAGGCUCUGCUGGAGCUGGCACAAAGGAUGAGUACGGCAAACACCGAUCCUUUCAAAGAUGAUCUGAAGAUUGAGCUUAUGCCACAUGACCUCAUCACCCAGCUUCUACGUGUUCUCGCCAUCGAAACCAGACAAGAGAAAGCGCUGAUAAAUGCUGAUCCAACAGAGCUAGCACUCAGUGGCUUGGAAGCCUUCUCCUUUGAUUAUAUUGUCAAGUGGCCUCUGUCGCUUAUAAUAAACAGGAAGGCCUUAACACGAUACCAGAUGCUGUUCCGGCACAUGUUCUAUUGUAAACAUGUGGAGAGAUUGCUGUGCAAUGUGUGGAUUAGUAACAAGGCUGCCAAACAGUUUUCUUUGCAUUCUGCCAAAUGGUUUGCUGGUGCUUUUACCCUUCGCCAGAGGAUGUUGAACUUUGUACAAAACAUUCAGUAUUACAUGAUGUUUGAGGUUAUGGAGCCCACCUGGCACAUUCUGGAGAAGAAUCUUAAAUCUGCCUCCAACAUUGAUGAUGUUUUAAGCCAUCACACCAGCUUUCUUGACAACUGCCUCAAGGACUGCAUGCUCACCAACCCGGAGCUGCUGAAGAUCUUUUCAAAACUCAUGUCAGUCUGUGUCAUGUUCACCAACUGUCUGCAAAGAUUCACUCAGAGCAUGCAAGUACAGACAGAGAUGGACCGCCUCACACUGGAACACGGUACUAUGUUGGGACGUCCCACAAAGAGCGAAAGAACCGAAGAGGCCAUAAAUAAGAAGCUCACCUCCAGGUACAUGGCUGAGCAUGUUGAUGCCUUCCAAUCUCCCUCUGGCUUUGAAUCCACUAUCAACAAAUUUGACAGCAACUUCUCAACUCAUCUUUUGGACUUGCUGGAUAAAUUGAGCAUGUACAGCACCAAUGACUGUGAACACAGUAUGAUCAACAUCAUAUAUAGGUUGGACUUUAAUGGAUUCUACACAGAGCGUUUGAAGAAAUUGUCUACAGAGAGGAGUCAGCGUUUGCCCUCCCAGCUCGCUCCUGCAAGACAGCCUGUACCUUCUUUGUGAUGCAAUCUCCCAAAAACAAAAUAUAUUCCUCUAUGAGGAGUCCAAAAAUCCACUCCAGCUCCUACACAUAUUUGCUGUAUAUGUUUGCAGAAGUGAUAUACUGAAGAUAAUCAUAACAAUGUUAAUCUGUAUGUUCUUAUCUAAGGAUAUAAGGUAGCCCAUAGUAUUAGUAUUUUCUUUAAAUGGACAUCAAACACGACACAAAUACUAGGCCUAUUGAUGUGUUUAAAACAGAGAUUAGACUGCGAAUAACAUGCAGAUGUAUUUUUUUUAAUGAUACUACUUCUUUAAAUAUUAAACAAAUAAAUGCAGUGAUGUAGGCUUCAUAAAGUAAGAGGUGCAGCCAUGUUGUAAAAUAGGUUUCACUUUUAAAAGCUUCUAUUGAGGCCAAUUAGGGACUGAUGUAAAUGUGUUACUAGGGUAAACAAGCAAUGGCAGUAUAAAAUAUAGCGGUGCUACGCUUGUGAAAUCCGUAGUCUAAACUUUCAAUUCUCAUAGGAAUUGGAAAACCCACAAUGUCAGGAUUAAAUUACGGGACAAAUGAAUAAUGUAUAUUACAACGUUUUUUACUACACAGAGUUAAACAUUUUAUAUUAACAUUAAUUGUGUUUAAUGUCCUUUUAAAUCACAGCCCAUAUAUUGUACUUACUAAUACAUAGAACUCAUUUUUGUACCAUCAUUGUAUUCUAAUUUACCUUAUUUAAUAUUUAUAUAUACACUGCAUCAAUAUUGGUCAUUUUGUUUUUAUAUAUUGCUUCACAAACAAAUGUCAUAUUGUGCAGAAUUUCUAACCUGUCCAUGGUUUUAUGCGACACUUUGGAUCGGUGUAUAGCACUGGUACAAAGAAAACUGGAGAUUUAACAACAAUAAAUAGUGUGAUGUGUCUUA